UACGUCCUGAGACGAAAUUGGAUGAAAUGUAUGAAGAGAAUCGCAAACGAUUUUUCGAUUCUUACGGUAUUUCCCCAGAUGAAGAAAAAAUUAACUCAAGCAAGCCAGUGGACUUUUUAGAAACUUUCAAGGGCAACAUUGAUGAUAUGUUUCGGAUUGGUAUUAAGUUCACACGGAAGUCGAUAAAAUUUUAUGCCGAAUUUUACAACGCAGACAUUAUUCUUGCCUCUCCAUUAGGAUUACGGAUGGUCAUUGGAACUGAAGGAGACAAAAAACACGAUUUCGACUUUCUUUCUUCUAUUGAGAUAUUGAUAAUUGAUCAAUGUGAAACAUUUCUCAUGCAAAAUUGGGAUCAUAUUGAGUAUAUAUUUAAUCAUCUGAAUUUAAUUCCCAAAAAAUCUCACAACUGUGACUUUUCACGUGUAAAGAAUUGGUAUCUUGACGGCAAAGCUAAAUACUUUCGCCAGACUAUUAUUAUUUCCGAGUAUUUAACACCGGAAAUUAAUUCAUUGUUCAAUAAGAAAAUGUUUAAUAUCGAUGGAAAAUUAAAAACCAAAGAUUAUUAUGAGGGUACCAUCGUAAAUGUGAUUCCUCAGGUUAAGCAGGUUUUUACUCGGAUAGAAUGUCCAUCAUUAAUUGAAGCAGAUGAUAUUCGAUUCAAAUAUUUUAUUGAAAAGUCUAAGCCAGACUUAGGUCGGACUGAACUUGAUGAACUAAAUCAGGAUUUCAACGAACUAGUUAAUUUACUUCCUACUCUUCAAAAAUCGAAUCCAAAAUUACCACAUACAUUAAUAUUUAUUCCAUCAUAUUUUGAUUUUAUACGAUUAAGAAAUUAUUUUGAAGAUAAUGAUUAUAAUUUUACCAGCAUAUGCGA